AACAUCCUAACAGUCCUAACAUCAUCAGCUACAACAAGAACUGCAACAUCAAUAACAACGUUGGAUCGAUCGAGUCAAGAAAGGCCAAGACAUUUCUCUAGUACAAAUCCAGCCUUUCAUCUCGAUGCCUCGCUCCAAAUCACGAUCCCGAAGUCCGGGUACUUCUCGAAACCGUCGAAGAAGAAGUCGUUCCCGUGAUCGAAGAAAGCGAAGAGAUCGUGACCGUUCUCGGGAUCGAUCUUCGGACCGUCGAAGGUCCAGGAGCCCCAAUGAUCGGAAAGCCGAGCGCGAGAAGAAUUGGGACGAGGAGCGAGAAAAAAGAAAGCGCGAAAUUCAACAGGAGAGUCUGCGUAUGGUCACGACCUCCGAAAUUCCCUCCGAGCAUCUUGAAGGCAAAACCCCAGAUGAAAUUGAAAUGAUGCGAGUCAUGGGAUUCUCGGGAUUUACUACCACCAAGGGGAAAAAGGUUGAAGGAAAUAACACGGGCGAAGUCCACGUGGUACUCAAAAGAAAAUACCGUCAGUAUAUGAACAGAAAAGGAGGUUUCAAUCGACCUUUGGACUUCGUCCAUUGAUUUGAUCACUACAUCAUUGUUUUCCUACGAGCGUCCAUGCUAUUCCCGAGAACGAAAAUAAAUUACAUCACUGUUUCA